GCGGAAGAAGGCGGGUGAACUGGCAGCACUUGAGUUUCAGAUCCCCUCCCUACCUGUCGCUCCAGAAGAGUGAACUGGCUAGGGAAGCUCUGGAGAGGCUGCUAGGGGAGGGAUCAUCUGCAAAGGUGCCUGGCUUUACAGGUCUCACCAGGUUGGAAACGGGCUAUUUUAGCAAGUGUCACGCCAUGUCUUUUUACUUUUCACAGCUUUUUCCCACUUCCCAAUUAAAGGGUGACAUUCCUGCAUAAGUUAAAAUGUCUUUGCCACUUACAGAGGAGCAGAGGAAAAAGAUUGAAGAGAAUCGACAAAAGGCUCUGGCCCGUAGGGCUGAGAAGCUGUUAGCUGAACAGCCUCAGAGCACAGGCUCAGGCUCCACUGUUACCAACCCUUCCUACUCCAAGCCAGGCCCUUCCCAGAAUCUCCCAGGGGAGACUUCUGAGCCAGUGGGCCAUGGUGUCAAUUUCAAGCAACAGAAUCUGAAUAAUUCAUCUCACAGAGACCAAAGACCUCACCAUUUUCAGCCCAGCACACUACAGCAAGCAAAGGGGAUAUGGAAGAACCAAGGAGACAUGUCUACAGCCUGCCCAAGGCACACCCCAAGUCAAAAGAUUCUUCCCGGGCUCGCUCCACCCUUGGCACAAACUCCUCCAGUUGUCUCUAACCAACAGCUUUUGGGUUAUAAGUCAGGUCAGGGUCAUCCUCAGCCUUCACAUAAGAUCUCAUCGACACCCAUUGCUAACACACCCGAGGAGCCUUUGACUAAAGCAAAGAGUUCCCAGGACACAGCCGGUUUCUCUGGACCACCCCUCAGGGAUCCUGAGUUAGAGACAGUGAAACCCUCUACCUCAGGGCAGAGCAUUUGGGACAUCCAUUAUGGCUCAUGGGGAGUCACAUCCAGGGCAGAAGGGAGACUCCAACAGAGACUACAGCCCUCACUCCAAAAUGCAAACUGUCUAAAGGGAAGAUGCAUAAGAGAAGGAGACCGGUUCCGGGUAAAGAUCGGUUACAACGAAGAGCUCCUUGCUGUGUUUAAGAGUCUGCCCAGCAGAAGUUAUGAUCCUGCUACUAAGAUGUGGGACUUCAGCAUGACCGACUACAGGGCCUUGAUGAAAGCAGCCCAGCACAUCUCCACAGUCUCCCUGCAGCCAUUGGAAGGAGUUGAUGAGAGCAGUGGGAGACAGACCAGCCUUCCCUCAGCUCCAUCCCUCACCUUUGUCACAGGGAGAUGCCUGCUCAUCUCCCGGGCCCGCUUUGAGGUAGACAUCAGCUAUUCAGAGCCACUGAUUGAGGUGUUUAAACAGAUGGAUUCCUGGAUUUAUGAUGUCAAGACCAGGAAGUGGAACUUUCUCUUGGAAGAGUACAACAAGCUAAUUGGAAAGGUGUGCAGCCUCCAACAGGUUCAGCUGGAGCCUCUGCCCAAGACUCUGACCCUGGCGUUCGCAUCUCAGCUGGAGAAGACAUCUCCCCAUCUCACAGCAGAUGUCCCUGAAGCUGACCUUUCUGGAGUGGAUGCCAAGCUUGUGUCUAAUCUCAUGCCCUUCCAGAGAGCUGGAGUUAACUUUGCCAUAGCAAAAAGAGGCCGCCUGCUGCUUGCCGAUGACAUGGGCCUGGGGAAGACCAUGCAAGCCAUCUGUAUAGCGGCCUAUUACCGAAAGGAGUGGCCGCUUCUGGUAGUCGUGCCGUCCUCGGUGCGCUUCACCUGGGAGCAGGCCUUCCUUCGGUGGCUGCCAUCUUUGAACCCAGAGAACAUCAAUGUGGUGGUGACUGGGAAGGGCUGCCUGACAGCUGGCUUGGUCAACAUUGUCAGUUUCGACCUUCUUAGCAAGUUGGAAAAACAGCUGAAAACCCCUUUCAAAGUUGUCAUCAUUGAUGAAUCACACUUCCUCAAAAACAUUAAGACUGCCCGUUGCCGAGCAGCUGUGCCCAUCCUAAAGAUUGCCAAGAGGGUGAUCCUGUUGUCGGGCACACCAGCCAUGUCCCGGCCUGCAGAGCUUUACACCCAGAUCAUUGCUGUCAAGCCAACAUUCUUCCCUCAGUUUCAUGCCUUUGGACUUCGCUACUGUGAUGCCAAACGGCUGCCUUGGGGCUGGGACUACUCAGGCUCCUCCAACCUGGGAGAGUUGAAGCUCCUGCUGGAGGAAGCAAUCAUGCUGAGGCGCCUCAAAUCUGAUGUCCUUUCCCAGCUUCCCGCCAAGCAGCGCAAGAUGGUGGUGGUCAACCCAGGUCGGAUCAGUGCCAGGGCCAGGGCUGCCCUGGAUGCUGCAGCCAAAGAAAUGACCAGUGACAAAACUAAGCAGCAGCAGAAAGAAGCCCUCAUUGUGUUCUUCAAUAGAACUGCUGAAGCUAAAGUCCCAUGUGUCAUUGAAUAUAUCCUGGACCUUUUGGAAAGUGGAAGGGAGAAGUUUCUAGUGUUUGCACACCACAAGGUGGUUCUGGAUGCAGUUACUAAGGCGCUUGAGAGAAAGCAUGUUCAGCAUAUCCGUAUCGAUGGCUCCACCCCCUCAGCAGACCGUGAGGAGCUCUGCCAGCAGUUCCAGCUGUCUGAAGGGCACACAGUAGCAGUGCUGUCCAUUACAGCUGCCAACAUGGGCCUCACCUUCUCCUCAGCUGACCUGGUGGUGUUUGCUGAGCUGUUUUGGAACCCAGGGGUACUUAUCCAGGCUGAGGACCGGGUACACCGCAUCGGACAGACAAGCUCUGUGGGCAUUCACUAUCUGGUUGCGAAAGGCACAGCAGAUGACUACCUUUGGCCUAUGAUUCAAGAGAAGAUUAAAGUUCUGGGGGAAGCUGGGCUUUCUGAGACCAAUUUCUCAGAAAUGACAGAAGCCACUGAUUACCUCUAUAAGGACCCAAAGCAGCAGACUAUCUAUGACCUAUUCCAAAAGUCCUUUGAAGAAGAUGGAAGUGACAUGGAACUCCUGGAGGCAGCAGAGUCCUUUGACCCAGGAAGUGCUUCAGUAACCUCUGGAAGUAAUUCCCAGGAUCUGGGAGACACCCUGGAUGAAAGCACCAUUACGAACAGUCCACCACAGAAAAGGAGAUUUGAAUUUUUUGAUAACUGGGACAGCUUUACCUCUCCCUUCUAAAAAGGUCAAGAAAAAAAGGAA